CUAAAGGAAAGAAUCAUCGUCAAUUCGAAAAACAUCGCCGUCGCUACAUCGAGAGAGGAGCGAGAGCGCCCAGAGCCUACUUUUCAAACUGCACGUUGCAUCUUCUCUGCAUUUUCUCUUCCGUACUCUCCUCCAUCUUUGCUUUCCUUGUCGUUUGUACUUCUCUGACCUUUCUUGACGCUGUUUCGUUAGCUUCUACGUACCUAGUUCUUUGAACAGGUCGCUGCAACAGCUCCGCUUGUUCCCCACUUCGCUUUCCGAGUCUUUAUAUCAACUCGGAUUUUUUAUAAAUCUAACGUCCAGGAAGAAUUUGCUUUCCGUUCAGGUUAUAUAGGAUUGUUGUCUCUUAUUUUUCUUUAUCAGUUUACCUGCUAUCCUUCUGCAAUUUCGCUCGGUCGACUUGAAGAAAGAGAAUGUUUGGUUUAAGGAAAUCUCCCCUAGAACCUGUUAAACAUAGUUCUGAUGAACCUGUGCGUUCUGUUAAAUCGGGAUCAAAUCCAUUUGAUUCUGAUAAUGAUGAUCCCAAGGAAAACCAAAAAUAUAAUUCCUCGACUAGGACAUAUUCGGACCCUUCCCUAGUUUUACAUGGAGGAAAUACUAGUCCCUUUGAUGAUGAUGAUGGAGGAGAUAGGAACUCUUAUGCCCUUCAAUCAGCAAACCAAAAAAAAUAUGGGAAUGAUUUUCGUGACGCAGGAGGAAUAGAUAUUCAAUCCGUGCCAGAAUUGGAGAAUUAUGCUGUUUACAAGGCUGAAGAGACUACAAAAUCAGUCAAAAACUGUUUGAAGAUAGCAGAGGACAUAAGAGAGGAUGCUACCAAGACUUUAGUCACUCUAAACCAACAGGGUGAGCAAAUUACCAGGUCCCACAAUGUUGCAGUUGAUAUCGACCAAGAUCUUAGUCGGGGAGAAAAGCUUUUGGGAAGUCUUGGUGGCAUCUUCUCCAAAACUUGGAAACCAAAGAAGACACGACUAAUUACAGGCCCUUUUAUUGUUGGAGAUGAUCAAGUCAGAAGAAAGGGCAACCACUUCGAGCAGAGAGAGAAAUUGGGAUUGACUUCUGCAUCCAGAGGGAAGUUAAACGUCCGGACACCACCUCCUGAGCCAACCAAUGCUCUUGAAAAAGUUGAGAUUGAGAAGGGGAAACAAGAUGAUGCACUGUCAGAUUUAAGCGAUCUUUUGGGAGAGCUGAAAGAUAUGGCUAUUGACAUGGGAUCUGAAAUUGAGAGCCACAACAAAGCGCUGGACCAUAUGUACAAUGAUGUGGACGAGUUGAAUUACCGCGUCAAAGGAGCUAACCAACGUGGUCGUCGCUUACUGGGAAAAUAAAGAAUGCGGGGUCUCAUUAUUUGCAUUGAAUCAUUGAUAUUGCUUUCCCGGCUGUCCUUCCCCCUUUCAUGGUUGCUCUUUCAUUUAUCUACAGCACUCCCUAGAAGUUGAUUCAUUCUGUUACACAGAUCAUGUUAAACGGAAGUAACCAUGAAAGUAAAAUGACAUGGAUAUCUAGUAGCACUUCAUUUAUUUGAUAGUAUUUGGGAUUUAAUCAAUCA